AAACUUUAUUCUUCGUCGCAUAUCUAAAACCUGACCGAGAGAGGGGAGGGUUUAAGCAAACGAAAACCACUGCUACAACCGCCUCCUCUCUUUGUUGAUUGAGCUGGUCAAAUAAUCACCAAAAAAAUGUAUAGGAGAAAAGCCACAGUACUCACAUCUAAUUUAUUGAGAAAUCUAACAAAGGUACGUGGACAAUCUCUUCAUUUUGAACCAUUAAAGAUUGUCCCUUUUUCAAGAAAUAUUAGCACUGCUACUCAAUUAUCUGAGUUAAAGGGGGAAAAUAAUAGUGAUUUAGAGCAAAACCCAGAUGGGGUUUUUGAUUAUCAGGUGAAAAAUACUAGUGGGGUUGAUUUUCAAGAAUCAAUUAGUGGUGGAAGAAGAAGUUACUUUUCAAGAAAUAUUAGCACUGUUACUCAAUUAUCUGAGUUAGGAGGGGGAAAUAUCUGUGAUUUUCGGCGAAACCCAGAUAGGGAUUUUGAUUAUAGCUCAAAAAAUUUGGGUUCUUUGAAUAAACCAAACUGGCAAGGUCAAGAAUGGGGAUAUAAUCAGCAGAAUACUAGUGGGGUUGAUUUUCAAGAACGUAAAACUGGAUUUCAAGAAUCUGCUAGUGGUGGUAGAAGUUACUUUCCAAACGAUGUUGAAGGGUUUAAGCAGAACCCACAUGCGCAAAAUGGGAACUUUUCAUCUGGGUAUGAGAGUUUGUCCUCAAGAAGUAGUGAUUUCGGGUCUCGAAAGGAUUAUCAAAGUACUUUAUUUGAUAAUAAAAAUGAUAGUGGUUACAGUGGUGGAAAUUCGUCAAAUUUGUCGCGUAGUUCGGGGUUUGAGGGAGGUUUAGAAGCUCAGCCGAGUCACAGUGGAGUAUAUGGACAGUAUCACCAGAAUGGAAAUGGUUAUUAUGGUGGAAACAGUGAAAUGUCACAGCAGAAUUUCAGUGGCAAUUACACGAGAAAUGUAGGAGUGUCUCAGCAAAACCUUCCCAUUUAUGAUCCCGGAAAUGUAAGGAAUGUUCAAUCUGGAAACUCUGGAUUGUAUCCACAAAGUGCAAGUGGGUAUUAUAUGGAAAGUCAUACUAAUUCUAGUGGCCACUCAAGGAAGAUGAUGGGGCAAUAUCAGCAAAAUUUAAGCGGCUUUGAAGCUUCUUAUCAAUCUCAGAAUGGAAUAGUAGGUCAUCAAGAAAUGAGAAGUUCAGCACCUGUUGAACCGUCGAUUGAUUAUGCUGAUAGCAGCAAUAAAAAAGGGUCAAUUGAUGAGCUCGAGGACUUCUGUAAAGAAGGCAAAGUGAAGGAGGCAGUUGAAGUUUUGCAUUUGUUGGAGCAGCAACAUGUCACAGUCGAUUUGUCUCGGUAUAUUAUGUUGAUGGAUGCGUGUAGUGAGGAUAAAUCCCUUGAGGAUGCUAAAUCAGUUCAUGAGCACCUUGUGAGAUCUCAUCCUCAUCUUGAAAUUAAAAUGUACAAUAAAAUUCUUGAAAUGUAUGGAAAAUGUGGUUCCAUGAAUGAUGCCUUUUUGGUGUUUCGAAAAAUGCCCCAGCGUAAUCUGACUUCUUGGGACACAAUGAUUACAUGGCUUGGUAAGAAUGGUCUUGGAGAAGAUGCAAUAGAAUUGUUUGGGGAAUUCAAGAAAACUGGGAUGAAACCUGAUGGCCAAAUGUUUCUGGGAGUCUUCAAUGCUUGUAGUGUUGUUGGUGAUAUAGUUGAGGGCAUGUUACACUUUGAAUCAAUGAGCAAGGAUUAUGGCAUUGCUCUCUCCAUAGAGCAAUAUGUGGGAGUGGUAGAUAUGUUGGGAAGUGCGGGAUAUCUUGAUGAAGCUAUGGAGUUCGUUGAAAGGAUGCCUACAGAGCCAAGUAUUGAAGUAUGGGAAAUCAUGAUGAAUCUCUGUAGAAUUCAUGGGAACUUGGAGCUUGGGGAUCGGUGUGCUGGGAUUGUUGAGCUCCUAGACCCAUCUCGUUUGGAUGAACAGUCAAAGGCAGGUUUUUUGGCUGUAAAAGCGUCAGACAUCGCAAAGGAGAAAGAGAAGAAGAAAUCUGCUCAAAGUCUUCUUGAGGCUAGAAGCAAAGUUCAUGAAUAUCGUGCUGGAGAUAGGUCACAUCCCGAUCAUGAGAAGAUAUAUGAAUUGCUUAGGGGUUUAAAGCAGCUAAUGAAGGAGGACGGUUAUAUACCAGAGACUAAGUUUGUGUUGCAUGAUGUAGACCAAGAAACUAAAGAGGACGCUUUAAUGGCUCACAGCGAGAGAUUGGCUUUUGCUCAAGGUCUUAUGAAUAGCUCUGCACGAUCACCAAUCCGGAUUAUAAAGAAUCUGCGUGUCUGUGGUGAUUGCCAUAAUGCAUUGAAGAUUGCUUCAAGGCUUGUUGGUCGGGAAAUUAUCAUGCGAGAUGCUAAAAGAUUUCAUCAUUUGAAAGACGGAUUGUGCUCUUGUAGGGAUUAUUGGUGAAGAUCCUAACCUUCAGUAAGAUUUUUCUUGAUAUAGGGAGCCAUGAUUUCAAGCAGCAACUCGUUUCAUAAAACUCACUAUGAGAUCCUAGGUGUAAAGAAAGAUGCAAAUUUGGAAGAAGUCCGUAAACCCUAUCGUUCAGCCAUACUUUGUUUUCAUCCAGACAAGCAGCAAAAUGCAUCAGAAACAUCCAAUUCUGAGUGUCUGACAGACAACAAUUAUUGGAGAUACAGAGAGCCUGGGAAACCGUUGGCAACCCAAAGUCACGUGCACUUUAUGACGUUGAAUUGCUUACUUUGAGACACGAUACAGCAACUGCUGAAGAUGUCAGCUUAGAGGACCUUACAGUUCAAGAUUCUGGUGAUAUAUUAUAGAGGUUUCUAUCCUUGUAGAUGUGGUGACUACUACUUUAUUGAUUCUUUCGAGUUGGCAGAUAGGAGUUGUUCAAAAUCAAGAGAUGGUGAUACGUUAUCGUUGCUAACAUCUAAAUCUUUGCCAACAUCUGUUGUGCUUCCUUGUGGAUCUUGCUCACUUAAAGUCCGCCUACUGAUCAACUGUGAUACUAGGCUUCGUAGAGAUGUUCACUUGUAAUUGUAACUGUGUUAUGCAACAUUAUUCUCUAUGAUAUUUUUGCAUAUUGAAAUGAUGAGAAAAAGAAGAAAUUUUGUUAGUC